CGUCCUGCUGGCCAAAAGAGGAGGAGGCUUGCAGAGCAGACGGACGGGGAGAGGUAGAGAGAGUAGCGCAUCUCAUUCUGUUUGCUUGAGAAGUCUGCUCCUCCUCAUCCUCCUCCGCUCGCCUUCAUCUUCUGAAUCUUAUUCUUUGUAAAUUCAGAAUCUCAUAUAUUUUUUUUUUCAAAAAAAUAUUCUAAAAAAAUGGGGAACGGUGCGAACGAGCCGUUGCUGGCGGCGAAGAAGAAGGUGUACUACGAGAAGUGCCCCGGCUGCAGGCAGGAGCAGAAGAACGACUCCCACGCCGGCGUCCCCUACCUCGAGUUCUUCUACAUUUGGAUUGUCUGCUUGUGCUCCACUCUACCGAUUCAAUCGCUGUUUCCCUAUUUAUAUUUCAUGAUAAGAGACUUGAAUGUUGCAGAACGAGAAGAAGAUAUUGGAUAUUAUGCAGGGUUUGUUGGGGCUGCAUAUAUGUUUGGAAGAACUUUAACUGCCGUGCUAUGGGGAGUGGUUGCUGAUAAAUAUGGAAGAAAACCAGUUAUAGUGAUCAGUAUUCUUUCUGUAAUCAUAUUUAAUACACUCUUCGGACUGAGUACAACUUAUUGGAUGGCAAUUGCAACUAGAGCACUUCUUGGAUUUCUAUGUGGUUUACUAGGGCCGAUAAAGGCUUAUGCUUCAGAAGUCUGCCGGAAGGAACACCAAGCACUAGGGUUAUCACUUGUCACUUCGUCACGAGCCAUAGCUCUGGUUGUUGGCCCGGCUAUUGGUGGCUUCCUCGCACAGCCUGCAACAAAAUAUCCAAAUAUUUUCUCUGAGAACUCUAUAUUUGGGAGGUUUCCAUACUUCUUGCCUUCCUUUGCUAUAUCAGUUAUAGCAAUUGCCGCAUUUGUAGCUUGUUUCUGGCUUCCGGAAACUCUGCACAUGCACCAUGACGUGGAAGACGGAUCCGUAGAGUCCCUAGAGGCAUCAUUAAGUGGCUCAGAUUCUGACGUAAAUGCUAAAGCUACUGAAGAAAGCGAAGUGACUUCUAAAAGGAGCUUGUUUACUAACUGGCCGCUGAUGGCAUCAAUAACAGUUUAUUGCAUCUUCUCUCUUCAUGAUACGGCCUAUGCUGAGAUAUUUUCUCUUUGGGCUGUGAGCGCCAAGAAGUACGGAGGUUUGAGCUUUUCAUCUCAGGAUGUGGGUAUGGUGCUCUCUAUCUCAGGUUUCGGUGUUCUGGUCUUUCAACUUCUUUUUUACCCACCAGUUGUGAAACGACUAGGAUAUAUUACACCCUUCCGUGCAGCAGCGGUCUUAUCUAUUGCACUGCUUGCCACCUAUCCAUUUAUGACCAACCUAUCUGGGUUCAUGCUUCAAUUAGCAGUGAACUCAGCAUCCCUUCUAAAGAAUGUUUUUGCUGCAACCAUCAUGACUGCUUGCAACAUAUUGCAGAAUAUCGCCGUGCCGCAAGAGCAAAGAGGUGCUGCAAAUGGUAUCUCGGUAACUGCAAUGUCUAUUUUUAAAGCUAUUGCCCCAGCAGGUGGAGGAGCUAUAUUUUCAUGGGCUCAGAAGCAUCAAGAUUUGCCCCUUCUACCAGGUGAUCAGAUGAUCUUCUUCAUAUUAAUCUUGGUGGAGGCGGUUGGGCUCAUACUCUCCUUCAAACCUUUCCUCCGAGUGCCGAGCUCAAUGACCAGAUCUUAAUGGCAUUCAUGUAUCGAUCACGCAUCCGAAAUAGAGUAGAUCAAAUUCAAUUUCUGAUAUGUAGAUGUGGUUGUACGGGGCGCGAUAAAUCGUUUAUGUUGUAUGUGGUGAUUUUGAUGGCAUCCGAAAAUGCGGUGGUGUCGUAUAGUGUGCGAGAUUAUCAUUUAUUUUUGUGUAAUUCGGUGAGGCGAACUUUGCGUUUGCUAAAACUGGGAAAAGAGGGAAAAGAAAUGUUGUAAGAUUGUUUGAAAUUUUUGAGUCUAUUUGCAUUGUAAUUGACCACAUUGUGAAAUCAAAAUACGCUUGGUGUUUAUUCAUGUUGAGAAA